UUUUAAAUGAAUAAAACCAUAACUUGCAAAAACCAUCCUAAAUUUGUUAUAUAAUGGGUUAGGAUUCUAAGGGAUAAGAUUGAUUUUGGAUGUAUAAAAUGUCUAAAUGAGAUGAAAGAUUAGUCAAAUAUUAUUUAUAUACCAGAAGUAAAUUAAUAUUAUAUAAGUAGAUUAUUGAAAACCCAAAUGUAGUAAUUCCUCAUCUUCCUAUUGAUGAUAAAUACAAAAAAUUUUAUUCUGAUUUGGAUAAAUUUAAGGAGGAAGAAUUAGAGUAAAAUUAUACCGAAUUGGAAAAUUCUUUAAAAUUUUUAAUGGAGUUAUUACAGAAAUUUAUAGAGAAUGGAAGAUCAAACUUAGAGGAAUUCAAAAAGAAGUGUAAAGAAUCCAAAUAAAUGUUAUUAUAAGUAUAGAAAUAUAUAAUGUUUAGGAAUUUAAAAUAGAAGAAAUUAGAUAAUUAAUUUUAGAACUUGAAUCAUAAACAAAUGAAAAUUAUGAUAUUUAAGAUUAAAUUAUAAAGAAUUUAAUAGAUGUUAGGGGUUUAAUAAAUACAGAUUUAAUGAAAGAAUAAAGCAGUAAUAUCAAAAAGAUAUUUAAUGACAUUUCAUUAUCAAUACAUAAGUAGAAUAUUUGUAAUAUCUUAGAUUCAAUUUAUAUAGUAAUUCUUAAAUCCAUUACAUAUGUACUUAAAUCAAAAAUGAAUCAGAAGAUUUAAAAUAUUACUUUAAUAAAUAAUUCUAGUCUAUUAUUAUGUAAAAUUUAUGUUAAUAAAAUACUUAAUUCGAUAAAAAGACAAUCAAUAAAUCUAUGUAAUUCCCUUAUUACAGAUCUAUUAUCUUGCCACAAUAUUAUUUAGAUGACAUUUUAAAUAAGGCUAAUUUAGCUUUUGAAUAGAAUUUUUAGAAUUUUUAGAAUUAUUUUGGUUAACCAGUAAAUCCUUAUUAAACUUUUAAACCAAAUACUUAAGAGAUUGUAUAAAGAUAAUGUUCCUUGAUUUAAAAUUCCUAACUCUUUGGUAGACCAAGAUUAAUAAUUUUUAAAUCUAACAAUGAUGGAAACCCAAUAUUUGGUUAUAUCAAAUCAACCUUUUCAGAAUUUAUAUUUUCAUAUACCCAUAAUGAAAUUUAUCCAAGAAAAUUAGUUUAGAAUGCUUAAAAAUAAAAUGUUAUUAGUAGCCUUGAUUUUAUUAAUCAACAAUAUUACUAAUCCUCCGUUAAGAUAUAAGAAUAAAUAUUUUUGGAACUAGGAUUUGCUGAUCUAGAGAUAAGUGCUAAUUUAAUUGAUGGAUAAUCAUAGCUUGGUGAGGAGUUUAUAUGGGAUAGUUAUAAUAAUGAAAUAUAAAAGAAUGAAUAUUUAUUUGGAGGAGCCAAGCCAAAUAUCUAGAUAUGCGAAGUAUUUUAUUUUUGAUAAGAUAAUCUAUAGAACAAACAAAUAAAU